AUGCCGCCACCACCGCCGCCGCCGCCGGGACCGGCCCCAAAGCCCUCGGGUCCAGCCUACAAACACGAUGGGUCUGACCUCAAUUCGGUGUUGUUUGCCCGGGUGGACAAAGUCGAAGCCAUCGAGCCUGUGCGGCCCUCAACACCCCCCGACUUUGGCCCAGAGGUCUUUCACGAAGUGCACUUUGACUGGAUCAACGCCUCCGACCUCUAUAACCUUUUGCAGCGAGCACCCGUGGCCAUUUCCAGUGUGUCAAGAAGGCUUGUGUUUCUCAUCCUGGAUGCCCCGUGCCCACCCCAGUUUGGUUCGCAGCUUCUGGUCAUCGACGUGCGCAGCAAUGCCGCCUACGACAGCGAGCAUGUGCGCUCUAGCAUAUCUGUUGACUGGGAAGCUCUUGAAUGCGCUGACAUGCUGGAUUGUGAAGCGACCGUGCACCAGCGCUUCUGGCAUCGUCGCUUCUUCAACGUUGUGCUCUACGACGACGAAUCAACACCCGAGGCCGAAGCAACCACCUUGGCCUCUUUCUCAGCAGCCUUGCAGACAGAGAAGCGGUGUUCGCGCACGGUCCACAAGCUCCGAGGUGGCUUGCGCCAGUUUAUGGAGGCGUACCCCUUCCUGGUCAAGGGCCAUCCCGCCUUUACCGACGCAGAAUUCCCUUCUGAGAUCAAGGAUGGCUUUCUAUUCCUGGGCAGUUGGAAGUCAGCCUCCAAUCUUGAAGCUCUCAAGGCUUUAAACAUAACUAGAAUCGUUAAUGCCACCGCGUCGUGUGACAUGCCCUUUGACCAACAAGCCGUGUAUCUGCACUGCCCGCUGGACGACAAGCCAGAUCAUGAUCUUAGCCAAUUUUUUGGUGACUUUAUCGCCUUUGUGCGCAAGGCCCAAGGCGAGGGUCAACGCGUGCUCGUGCAUUGUCAAAUGGGCAUGAGUCGCUCGUCAGCCCUGGCCAUUCUCUGGAUGAUGGAUUUUCAUGACAUGACCCUCAAACAGGCUUACGACUAUGUCCACUCAAAGCGCCCAUACAUCAACCCUAACCCUGGGUUUUUGAAGCAGUUGGGCGAGUGGGAGCAUGCCAACCGAGGCUCAAGCACCAUCCGUUUCCCUGAAGACGAUGCCCCUAUCACACUGAUCACACCCUACGAAUGGCUUCAAGCUGACGGCACGUGGAAGAUGCGGGUGCUCAAGCACCAAUGA